ACGUUCGGUUUGUACUUGGCUUCAGGUCUUCACUGGAAGUCUUCACCGGAUCUUGAUCCGAGCAAGUGAGGUUUAACAUUGAACUCCAUUUAAAUCAGUGUUGCUACGUAAUCUUUCUUGAAAUUUACAAUUUCUCGGAUCCACUUCCGAAAUAUCGGUUGUCUUGACUGGUUGAACCGGUCUCGAUUUGGGAAGUCAGAACUGAUUUUUUAACUUCUGCUUUUUCUCGUGUUUUUCGGGAAAAAUGGUUGUGAAAGUAAACGAGUUGGUUCGAAAAUUUUGUUAUCUGUUCAUUUUCCUCAUUUGUUUGUUCAUUUUCAGGUUAAAGGAAAGCAAAGCUGAAGCUUUUCCAUGGAUCUGAUUUAAAAAUUAAAAAAAAUUCGGAUUCCUGUUCAUCAAAAGAGACAAUUUUGAUACAGUAAGAAGAAUGGGAAUAAAGUUAGCGAGCCCAUGUUUGCAUUGGUCACAGCCGAUUGUUCCUCACUCUCCGUCGUCUUCUCAAACGCUAGCUUCGGCAGUCUCUUCACCUUCUUCGAAACGACGCUGUAACUACGGUUCAACUCUCGCGUGCCGGUACUUGCAGAGACUUGACCGGUCAUCUCUCUUCGGAGCAAAAUUAACGAAGCUCCGCAGGUCCCAGUCUUACGAGUAUCCACCGUCAAAACCUCAGCCCACCGUAUUAAGAACUUGCAGUGCCAGCUUGGACGCUUUCCGCUUUCAAGAUGAUAGGGAUGAAAGCGGCGAUGGUGACGAUAACGGUAAGGGCGUAGAGCCUGCUUGGCAUGUCCAUGAACCUCCGGCGAUUAUUGAACGGAAGGCUAACAGCGUGGACCUUCCGUUGUCGCUAAGAAUGAUAAAGAGAAAGUUAAAAUGGCAAGAUGGGUUUAUGGAAGCAGGGGAAUCAGCCUAUUGUUCAGUUAAGAAAGCGUUUUCAUCUAUGGUGUUUAUAAUCCGAGAGAUUCAUAGUUUCACUUUACAGAUGAGAGAGAUUCUAUUUUAUGAAGAUUUACAAGGGAUCAUCGUAAGGGUUCAGAGAGAGAUGCACGCUUCUUUUGUGUGGUUGUUUCAACAAGUGUUCUCGCAUACACCAAUUUUAAUGGUGUAUGUUAUGAUACUUUUAGCGAAUUUUACAGUAUAUUCAAUGGCUAGUAACACUGCACUCGCAGUUUCAGUUUCUCCACCUGAAGUUUCUUCUGUGAUUAAAGUUGAGGAUAAGAAGAAUUCAAGUUUUGAUUCUUCAUCGCUUAAGAGGUUUUCAGUAUCUUCUUCAGGUGGGAAAACGACGUCAAUCGGGGAAAAUAACAAUGGCGGCGGCGGGAAAUUCCGGCCGAUGGCGAGCGGAACAGAUGGGGAUGGAGGCUUUGACCGGAUUGACCAUUUUAGAACAAUUGUGCCUGACGGUGCUUCACAGUUGUCCUCUCUUGGGACGAGCACAGAGGCAGACUCGGGGCCAGAGCAAUUAGUUAAAGAAGAUGAGUUGAAUUUGUGGAAUUCAGUUCAGGAUGAAGCUUCUCAAAUGCAAGCUUCAGGAAGAGAUGAGUCACUAAGAUUCGUUUCACCUGUCAAGGCCGAUAUUGAAUCCGAUAAUUAUGCAGAUUAUUUCAAAACAGAGCUUGUAUAUCAAAUAAGACUGCAAAGAGAGCCCAACAACCCUCUUCUUCUCACGAAUUAUGCUCAAUUUCUCUACCUCGUUGCUCAUGACUAUGACAGAGCGGAGAAGUAUUUCAAGAGAGCGAUUGUAGUGGAGCCAGCGGAUGCAGAGGCAUUUAACAAAUACGCAAGCUUUUUAUGGAGAGUGAGGAAGGAUUUUGGGGCAGCUGAAGAGACCUUCUUGGAAGCCAUUGCUGCGGACCCAACAAACUCUUAUUACGCGGCUAAUUACGCCCAUUUUCUAUGGAACACUGGUGCAGAGGACACGUGUUUCCCCCUCGACUCGACAGGUGCCACCCAAGACGAAGCAUAAACAAAAUUCUCAAAACAGAUACACAACAAAAGUACAGCCAGCCAAAUUGAGAGAUAGAAUAGAAUAGUAAUAAAUAUUAUUGCUGAUUUUUUUCACCAUCUAGGAGAGAGGGAUAGUGGGUGUUUGGGAACAGGGUUGCACGUGAUCGCAGCGGGGACAAUUGGUGAUAGGCUAAGCGUGUUCUCACUUGGAGUGCAUGUUGGGAUUUGCGAGCUGAAGCGGUGGAAGUGGGCGGUAUUGCUAGGUGGGUUUGUGCUUUUGCUUUGCACAGUUUAUUGGUGACAUAAUCAUAUUCCAAAUUGUAAUUAAACAUUUGUUGAUAUCUGUUGGAAAUCAAAUGUAAAAUUUGGCAAA